AUGGAGCGGGAGAAGAUAUGGAAGCUGGCUCAAUCAUACCAAGGUAUUCUAGCUACUGGAGCUGCUUUACGUCUUGCUCUUUGUUUUGCAGCUCCGUCGCUCGGCCUCAUCCUCGAACGUCGGCCAGAAUUGUCAACGCCCCUGACAUCUUUUCGAAGCUUAAAAGAGGGCGUUAUCAUACAUCAUAAGGGUACAAAUCCAUAUAGCGGAGGGGUGUUCUACCACUCUCCGUUGUAUCUCGCCUUAUUCACAUAUAUAAUACCAGCUUCGACCUAUCUUUUUACUGCGCUAGCAUGGACCAUUGCGGACAUGUCAAGCUCAGCGGCUUUGGUGCGGAUAUGGAGGACUAGGAAUACCAAUUCAACACACGAGUCGGACUGGUUGGUAGCUGGUCUAUAUCUAUUCAACCCGUACACCAUCCUCUCUUGUCUUGCGAGAUCCACAACGAGCAUAGAUAACGCCAUUCUCCUCCAUGCUAUAUCCUUUGCAGCGUCUGGCCAAACGAUCCAUGCAACCUUUUUCCUCGCCUUUGCAACUCAUACCUCUCUUUAUCCUAUCUUGCUUCUCCCUCCUUUCGCUAUGCUUCUCAUGCGAACGUAUGCGCAACGAGUAUUCAUCACAAUCAGCACUUACAUGAUGUGGAUGGCAGCUUUCACGGGAAUAGGAUAUGGCGUUGCAGGGAAAGCAUGGUUAGGACAGACGUUUGGCGUGAUAAUCAACGUGACCGACUUGACGCCGAAUGUAGGGAUGUGGUGGUACUUUUUCACAGAAAUGUUUGACCAUUUUAGAAUGUUUUUCCUCGGUGUAUUCCAACUUCACAAUCUCAUCUACGUCGCCCCAAUCUGUGUCAGACUGUCGGAGGAUCCUUUGUUCGCGAUCCUUGUACUCGUUGGAGUUUUCGGAACAUGGAAAAGCUACCCUAGUUUAGGGGAUAUGGCAUUAUGGGCUGGAUUAUUAGGUUGUUUCCCAGAGAUCGUUUCCAAUCUGAGACAUCCCCUCUUCACCCUCACUGUGCAUCUCUAUACUUCCAUUCUUCUCCCAUUGCUUCAUUCGCUCUGGCUUCUUACCGGUACCGGUAACGCCAACUUUUUCUACGCUGCAACGAUGGUUUAUGGUCUUAAUGCAAGUCUAGCCGUGGUGGAUGUGAUGGGAGCGGGAUUGCGGUUACAAGUGAAGAGGAAAGCGACUAAAGUGCUGUUGCGCGAUGAGCUUGAGGGGCAAAGUAUGAACGAGGAUAUGAUUGCUGAUCUGUGGGAACGAAAAGGGUGGUCGGUCGUGCAAUUUACAGGUCAACUAUCAUGA